AUGGCCGCCCGCCAGCUUGGAAGAAUUGAGGAUACAGGAAAGCUGACGAUAGGAUCUCGAGGUUUGCUUAUAACAAAUGCCGUAUCGCGAAAGCACAAAGAAGCCAUGCAGGAGUGUCUAACCAUAUUGCGUGAGCAUUGCGAGAGCGUGGAUCCGUCUUUCGGCGAAGGUAACAACGGACACGACACAUCAUCGGAUGCUGUAAAUGUAGAAGAUGCCAUAAAAGCUGAGUUGGAGGAAAACAAGAGAUUCUUCGACCGCUUUGUACCCGGUCCCUGCCUAUCGCAAAACUUGAAUGUGGUCCAUUUCAAGAACGAAAUUGACGUCCCUUCUACAUAUGUGCGAGACAUAUUCCAUGCCAUGUUGAACGAACGUAUUUAUAAGCCACGAUUCCUGUGUCGGAUGGUGCCGUACGAUGUCGUUUGCAAGGCCGAGGGUGAACCCUUUACAGAGGCCCUAACAGCGCUCGUGGCACGCGAAUUUCCAUAUUCCCAAGCUAAUGGUAUUUUGGAGAAAGACGAUGAAAGUGAGCCUUCCACCUGGUCCGUCAGCUAUGCGUGCCGUAACUCAAAUGCUUUGAAAAGACAGGAUGUGCUGGACUUGGCGGCGCAGUUAGUCGGUAGAAACUAUCGUGUAGACCUUCGUGCACCGGAUAAAUUGAUUAUUGUCGAGGUCGUUAAGCUCAUUUCAAGCUCAACAUAUCACGUAUGCAUUAAUGUGGUGUUUGGAGUGGUGGCUUGCACCUAUUUAACGUCUUCGCGGCGCGUGUCUACCGUACCAAUGGUGUUGGAGGAUUCCACGAACGCGGAGAGUCCGACUGACCUAGUGAUUCCGGUGGAAGGUGCCUGGUUGGAACAUGAGGGUCAGGGAGACGGUGAUUGGUACAUCCACGAAGGGUCCCAGUGGAUGUACAACGCACGUGAAGGGAUAUAUUUCCAUGUUGACUCGGAGACUGUAGUCUCAUCUGAGGGAAAGGUUCCCAUGAACCUUGUUUCCGCACCCUUGGUAGAAGGAAGUUCGGAUGCAGAUGGUAAUGAGGAUUCCGCACUUGACGAGGUUGGUGCAAUUAGCACCAAUGCAGACCCCAAUGUUACUGAUGAAGAGGCUGGAGAUAGGGACAUUUCAAUUGACUUCGAGAACGAUCUUAUUGCUGCCACCGUGUGCCGUGAGAGGCUUUGUGUUACUACAGUGGCGUCUUUGAUGGUCACUGCGGAUACAAUGCGUUCGCUUAAGUCAAAAGUUGCACAAAAACACUCCCAUCCGAUUGAAUCUCUGGAGGUUCGGGCGCUGUUGCAGGGUUGCACGAAGGGUUUCGAGAUGACUGACAACAACUUCUGCAAUGUAGCCAAGCAGUACAACAUAUCCGAUGGUUCUACCGCCACUAUAUCAUUGAUAUAUGGCCCUGACGUUGAUGGAUGUCUGAAGUUGAUUACCGCACAUACGGGUGACUCGAGGGCAAUAUUAUGCAGCAUGGCCGACGAUUCCCGAUGCUUUGCACAGGCUUUGACCACCGACCACAAGCCUAACGACGACAAAGAACGAAAGUACAUCGAAAAGAAUGGAGGCACAGUAGAGUUUGCUCAAGGAACAUGGAGGUGUGUUGCCCGUUCGCGUGAUGGAAGGCCAUCUUGUGCCCUUGCUACCUCUCGGGCAAUCGGAGAUUACCCGUUGAAGUAUCCGAAUCGUAUCGUCUCAUCCGAACCGGAUGUGUCUGUGUACACUAUAAAUUUCGACAACGACCUAUUUUUGGUACUAGUGACGGAUGGCAUAACAGCUGUUUUGACGAAUCAGGAAAUCAUCGAUAUCGUAUGCGAGGCGAUAGAUGACGAAUGUACUGCUGAAGCAGCUGCAGAAAGAGUCGUUUUAACCGCUGAAAAAUGUGGUUCGCUUGACGACAAGACGUGUACAGUUAUAUACUUCGGUUGGCAUAAGGACCUGUUUGACAAAUGCAUACAUGACAGGGAGGAAGAUUCCUACCGUGAGUUGUCAAAAAUGGACAAAUCGGGGCAGGAGUGCGGAGGAGUGGAAAAUGACGACAUGUUCCUUUCGUGA